AUGAAUGUCCAAUCCAAGUUUCGCCUUAUUUCGUACUCGCAAGAGUUGGUUGAUGGACAACCGGUCUAUGUUUCUUCAAACUGCCUUCCUAUCAAGGCUUUGAAGCUUGAACCAGCUGGGCAUUCUUUCCAUGCUGUGGCACUUAAACUUCUUGGUUGUGUGGAGGAGGAAAAAGAUGCUGAUGUUCAGAAGGUGGUUAAUGAUAAGGAGCCGACUUCUAUACCAUCAUUUGAUUCGUACAGCAGCAAAGGUAAAAAAAAAUCUGGUGCUGAAGGCAAACAACAAGAUCACUAUGCGUUGUUAGGUUUGAGUCAUUUAAGAUACCUUGCCACUGAGGAACAGAUAAGAAAAAGCUAUCGCGAGACUGCCUUGAAAUACCAUCCUGACAAACAGGCUGCUCUUCUUCUUAAUGAGGAAACUGAAGCUGCUAAACAAACAAAGAAGGACGAGAUAGAGAGCCACUUUAAGUCCAUCCAAGAAGCGUACGAGGCAUUAAUUGAUCCUGUGAAGAGAAGAAUCUAUGACUCCACUGAUGAGUUUGAUGAUGAAAUCCCCACUGAUUGUGCCCCACAGGACUUCUUCAAGGUGUUUGGUCCUGCUUUUAUGAGGAAUGGGCGGUGGUCGGUUAACCAGCCAAUCCCAUUUUUAGGUGAUGAGAAUACUCCCCUGAAGGAAGUAGAUAGUUUUUAUGACUUUUGGUACACCUUCAAGAGCUGGAGAGAGUUCCCACAUACCGAUGAGUUUGAUCUUGAGCAAGCUGAGUCUCGUGACCAUAAGAGGUGGAUGGAGAGGCAGAAUGCAAAGCUUUCAGAAAAGGCUAGGAAGGAGGAGUAUGCUAGAAUACGUACUCUUGUUGACAAUGCGUAUAAAAGAGACCCAAGAAUUGUGAGGAGAAAGGAAGCAGAGAAAGCUGAGAAGCAAAGGAAAAAGGAGGCCAAGUAUCUUGCCAAGAAAUUACAGGAGGAGGAAGCAGCCAGGGCUGUAGAAGAGGAGAAGCGACGGAAGGAGGAGGAGGAGAAACGAGCUGCAGAAAUAGCUUUGCAGCAGAAGAAGUUGAAAGAGAAAGAGAAGAAACUGCUGCGCAAAGAGCGGAGUCGACUUAGAACACUUUCAGGGCCUGUUAUUUCGAACCGUUUACUCAGUCUUGCCGAGGAUGAUGUGGAAAGUCUCUGUAUGUCUCUUGAUAUUGAGCAGCUUAGGAAUAUAUGUGAGAGGAUGGAGGGCAAAGAGGGGCUGGAGCGAGCAGAAGUUCUUAGAGAUGCAUGUGGAUAUAAAAAUGAUUUGGAGGGUAAGAAAGAAGAUGAGAAGAAAACUCUACAACAGAAUGGUUCCGUGGAGACUAAUGGUACUGUGCUGUUAGGCAGCUAUGAGAAGAAGGAGAAACCUUGGAGCAGAGAAGAAAUUGAGCUUUUGAGAAAAGGAAUGCUAAAGUUUCCAAAAGGAACCUCUCGGAGGUGGGAGGUUGUUUCAGAUUACAUUGGUACUGGAAGAUCUGUGGAAGAAAUUCUGAAGGCAACCAAAACAGUCCUCCUCCAGAAACCUGAUUCUAGCAAAGCUUUUGAUUCUUUUCUUGAAAAGAGGAAGCCCACACCAUCUAUUGCUUCUCCACUUACAACGAGAAUUGAAGUAGAAGGGGUAUUGACUCCUCCUCAGGGCACUGAAACCCCUGCUGAAAAGGUAGAUAAAUCAGGAGAGUCGUCAAGCGGAAGCACAAAAGACCAAAAUCCUAACGAUCCAAUUGCUGAAAAUGGAGUAUCGUCAGGUUCAGAGCAGGAUGUAUGGUCUGCUGUACAAGAAAGAGCACUGGUUCAGGCCCUGAAAACCUUUCCAAAGGAAGCCAGUCAGCGUUGGGAGCGAGUUGCUGCUGCUGUUCCUGGGAAGACUGUGAAUCAAUGCAAGAAAAAAUUUACUUUGCUGAAGGAAAGCUUUAGAAACAAGAAGAGUUCUGCUUAA